CUCGGUUGUCCCGAGCGUCAUGUCCCGUAUGGCGCAGAUUUAUCAAAAGUCAGAGUCCUUCAUGGUCGUCACUGUCCAACAAGAUGCCUGUCUUCGGUUCGGCCACUCGACACUUCCAGCUUACUCGAUGAAGGUUUUUGCUCUGCCGUACCUUAUCGCCCCAAUUACCAACCUUCGCAGCACAAUACUUAUUCAGGCCGCUAUUCAAGAGAUUCUGCAUAUUUCGCCUUCCCGAGGAGUGAUAUUAUACAUUCCCAUCGCGGAAGAAAAUAUGGCAACUAAUAACACCACCAUGAUGGGAGAAAUAGCUCGAUUAGAGCGCGAGACACAUGGUCAGGAAACGGGUGUUCUGAAGUCCCUUUCGCGGACGAUGAGCAGGAGGAUGAAAUCAACCAGUAGCCAGAGCAGACCUUUGUCAGUAGCCACCACAUCAUCUUGGACUGUUGAGAGUGACUCCCAGGAGGCAAAACGAGAUAUGCCUACAGGGUCAGAAGGUACCAAUGCUUCAAAAGAGGGGAGUGCUGCACGUUCCGGAAGAGCCUCGAGAAGGCUGCAUCAAUUUAUUUCCCGUCGAGUUCCAGAAACCUUUGAAGGGCCUAGCAAUGAUGAAUAGGUUGCUGUUCUGCUUUUUUAUCUUACUUUAGGUAUGAUUAUCCUUUUUUCUGCCAUUGUCUGAAACUACCUGGGGAUGCUUCACUGAGAAGCUCAUUACUUUGGCCGAAGGGGAUGAAGGUGCGAGUUGGACCGGCAAGUGAGUGAGAGUCGCUCGGGUUGUUCAUUCUUCAUUCGCAUAUGUGGCUUAUGUUUGGGCUUUCCUUUUUUGCACCGUUCUUUGAAUGGCUAUUCCGUUCGUUAUAUAGCUCUUAACUAGGAAUUAUUCUGUUCUGAUCUGGG